AUUAGACAAGAGCCACACUGACGUCAGCAUGGACACUAUUCAGAAAGAUUUGAGUCCCUUAGUGAAGCAAUUGGCACCCGAGGCUGAAAACCACGAUGAACAAAUUCAAAUUUCCUUCAUGAUGGCAAGCGAUGGGAUCAGGCAGCGCACUAUUCUAAACCAGGUCACUUCUUCAAUAACAGGACAAGUAAAGGUGGAAGAUGUGAUGUAUGAAAAAAUAAGAGGAGAUGCCAGUUGCUUCUUACCAACUGAAGCUCCGAUUUUCCGCCGCCUGAUCUUUCAGAGAACCGAAAGUCUAGUGCAGUCAGAAGCUCUGCUGAUCAAGGAACAAGGGUCGCCUGAGAAAGUUGCCAAAGUUAGCGAGCAGCUGAAGGUGGAUCAUGGCUAUUUGGCAAGUUUUUAUCAUAUGGGGAUUAUUUCAGGGUUUACAUUAGUCUCUGAACAUCUGGAAACUGCAACAUCAGCAAGAAAUACAGUUAACGCAGUAGUUGUCGGGCUCGGGGCAGGUCUAUUACCGAUGUUCCUACAUGCCUCCAUGCCUUUUUUGGACAUUGACGUGGUGGAGUUGGAUCCAGUUAUCCUUGGUCUUGCGAAGGAGCACUUUGAUUUUACCGAAGAUGAACAUUUGAAGGUGCAUAUUGCUGAUGGAGUCCAGUUUCUGAAAGAAGUCAAAAGCUCACCAACUGAGGCAGCAUCUGCUAUCAACGGAUUAAAAACCAAGAGGAUCGACAUACUAAUCAUCGACGUUGACUCUUUCGACACGAGCUCUGGAAUGAUCUGUCCUGCAGCCGAUUUUCUGGAAGAAUCAUUUCUUCAGACUGCAAAAGAUGUCCUAUCUGAGCAAGGUCUCUUUGUAGUUAACUUGGUCACACAGUCCCCUGCCAUUAAUGACACAGUUAUUUCGAAGAUGCAAGCGGUCUUUGGCCAAAUCUUUGGCCUUCAGCUUGAGGAAGACGGCAAUGAAGUGCUUUUUGCUCUUCCCUCAACGGUCGCUGUGAACGAGGAUUGUCUCUCUCAGGCUACUGUCCAGAAAUUUUUAGAGUUUAAAUACCCCGAAAUAGGGCACAUCAUUGUGGAUACCGUGAUGAAGAUCAGACCUUUGAGCUAACGUAUUAAGAGAAAUGAAGAAAAGAAAUCCCACUUACAAGGCAACCAUUAGCUGCCCUUAAUGGUUUCUGCAGCUUGAUCCUGAAGAGAAAUGUACAAUGCGCAUAGUUGUAACAUGUAUAUAAAGGUACAUAUGGGAAAGUGUCAUAUUCCAUAAAUCUGCUAGGCCAUGUGCAAGUUGGAAACUGUAUCUGUAUUACCUUCUUUCUGAAUAAAAAAAUGUUGUGGCUAUUGUACAAGUCUUGUUUGGCAA